GUACAUUUCCAACCCAAUAUAAAAGCCAAGAGUGAGGCACCAAUAGUUUCACUCAGAAGUAUUAUUAGGCCACAUGGAAGGAGACUCAAGUAGAGGCAGCAAGGCAAAACAAGGGGGACAGAAAGAUGUCAAGUACAGAGGAGUGAGGAGAAGGCCAUGGGGGAAGUUCGCAGCAGAAAUACGCGAUUCAACGAGGCAUGGAGAAGGAGCUCGGUUAUGGCUCGGGACUUUCAACACUGCAGAAGAGGCUGCAAGGGCUUAUGACAGUGCUGCUUUUUCGAUGAGGGGUGCUCUUGCAAUUCUCAACUUUCCACGUGAGCAUGGUUUGCCAGAUAGUUCUGCUGCUUCUGCUGUUUCCUCACCAUCUUCAUCUUCGUCAUCCCCAACAUCCAUUUCAGCAUCAUCUUCAACAUUGCAGAAUGUGGAAGGCACAACUAGGACAGAACCCAGAAGAGAAGUCUUCGAGAUUGAGUGUUUAGAUGACAAGGUUUUAGAGGACCUUCUUGAUUUUGACAGGAAAGGCUAGAGAGAGUGACACUGAUGGGUGUACAUUCAUUUGAAAUUCAUUAUCUUCUACACCCUCCCUAACCUUUAAAUACCCAUUUAGAUUAUUAGUCAUUUCUUCCCUUCUGCACUGUUUGGUUCUGUUUUCUCUGUUCCAGGGUAGUAUGGGAUUUGAGUCCUAUGAAAAGUGUCGUGAGUUGUCAAUCUAGUCCACCUCUCUGUUUGAGUAUUAAUCAACCAUUUAAUAUCAAUCUGUCUUCUAAUCAUAACUUAUUUACUUGCGAGUUGCAACACAUUAAACAAUGAUUGGAUGUGAUGCGGUCAUUCCAGCUCGAUGUUUGGAAUAUGUUGCUAGC